UCAACAUGCCAACGGAGGGAUUAAGAAAGAUGCAUGUUCUGGGAAAGCAGACUUCCACUUUCUUCUAGUACAUUUUUUAGAUAUGGUGCAAACAACCAAACAAAAGGAAAUAGUUGAAAAAGCACCAAGUUGUGGAAAUUGGGAGGAUGGCAAUGUGAGCAUGGAGUUGAAGAAAAUAAAGAAGAAGGGAGGUUUCAACAAGGUGAUCAUUCUUGAUAAACAAGAUUGUGAUAUUCCAGAAAGUAGUAUGGCAGCAAAAGACAUGGGUGAUGAAGUGAUGCAUGACAAAAUUGCUGAGACUGCAAAACGUAGUAGAGAGAAAGUGAUCCAAAGAAAAGGGAAAAAGCGAAAGACACAAAAUGUGGAUGAUGAAAUGAUGGAGGCUCAUUUGGCUCCACAAGACUACGCAUUAGAAGAGGCUAAAAAACAAAUAAAAAUUUGUGAUGAAAAGCUGAAGUUUUGGGCAGAUUGGAAGACUUAUUGGGUCAAACAGGCAGAGGAAGCUGAGUCUUCAAUGAGAAAAGGAAAAGAAGUUGGAGAAAAGGAGCAUCGUUCUAAUACGGAAAAAGAAGUUGGAGAUAAAGAGGAUGCUGCACAUGAGCCUAGAAAUGCAAGUCCUGAAUUGGUUGAGAGUGAAGACAAUGAUUCGGAUCAUGGGCUUGAAGAACAAGCUGCAAAUUUAGUUGAUAAAGAGGAUGAUGCAGAACAGCCCGGAAAAGAAGAUGAUGCAAAUCAGCCUGAAAAAGAAAGUCAAGAGAAGCAUGGUGAUACAGCUGAGAUGAAUGAUUCUGAUUGGGGUCAGCCUUCUUUUAGUCUAGGAUUCAGUACUCCUAUAUCAUUGGAAGAAAGUAGAAAGUCACCAUCUGAUGUGGCAACAUACACACUUAUGGAGAACAUACCACAAAAUGAACAGAUUCCGCUUCCAAAAAGGAUCUCAGCAUUGUCACAAUACUUUAGAUCCCCAUAUGUAAUGCAAAUGAAGAAGGCAAAAUUGAGUGAGGAAGACACACAAUUGGUCAACUAUGCAUGGACAUUGGCAGAAGCAAAUGGAGGAGCUAUGGAGGUAUUGUUCCAAGACAAAUGCAAGAUGUUAGACAACCUUAACAGGGGAUCCUUAUUUUGUCUCAAGAAGGAUUGUAAGUUAGAGGGGGAUGUCAUUGGAAACUAUUUUAGUUUCUUGAAUAAAAAAGAGAUGAUGAAAGGAAAGAUGAAAAGGUUCAUAUUCCCGGUUACAUAUGAAUUUGAGCAUGGCGUCAAGAUCACUAGACGCAAAAAGGAUCAUAGAGAAGCCCAUGUAGUGGCCGAGUAUGCAGAAGAUUUAAUAAGACAGCUCAAAUACAUGGAUUUUAAUGAUAUAGACGUGGAAAAUCCUGAAUAUUGGUUUUUCCCAGUUUAUUUGAAGAGUCACUAUGCUGCAUAUGUGAUUGAUUUCAAAGAACAGAGGUUCGGAUUUCUGAAUAGUUGUGAAAGGUUCACACUUCGAAAAGAAGAUGAAUGGGAUAACUGGGGGAAGUGGAAAGUGAGAUAUGGGAUGGAGUUGAUAAAUGCUAAGAGAAAUGAACCUAUAGACUUUAGUCAAUGGAGUUGGGAGGAUGUGAAAUUGCCUUUACAACAUGAUAGGAAAUCAUGCGGGCUAUUUGUUCUGACAUAUAUUGAGAAAUGGGAUAGCAAGCAAGCUGCAAUUUGGGAUUUUUUUAAGCAUUGGGAUAUGAUGACAAAUGAAGAGCAAGAUGAUUUCAUGGAGAUUCAAAGAGUAAAAGUGUUGCUAGACAUCUUGAAGCGUGAGGACAAUGAGUUGCUUCAAAACUUGACAAAGUUAGCUCUGACAUUGGCUGAAGAAGAGGCUGCAUGUGCUAUGGAGGAUGACUUGGAGAAAGAAGCAGAGAAGAACAAAAAAAAGGUGAAGACAAAGAAGUCAGCCCCUAACUUGGGUGAAGAAGAGGAAGAAUGUUCUAUGGCACAAGUCCUUGAGAAAGAAGCCGGGAAGAAGACAAAAAAACCUAGGACAAAAAGGAAAAAAACUCUAUAUUGA